GGUGCCGGGCCCGGUACCGCCGGUGCGGACCGGGGGUGGAGGAGGCGGAAGGAGAUCCCGGUCCCGGUCCCGGUUCUGGUCACCGUCCCGGUCCCCGUCCCAAUCCCAGCGGGCCAUGGUGGUGCUGCGGGGCGGCGCGGGCCCCGAGGAGCCGUUCCCGAGGAUCGAGGACUGCCUACCCCUGCUGGAGGACUCCCCAUCCAAGCGGUUCUCCCCGUCCAAGAGGAAGCAGUAUUACAUCAACAAGGCCAUCCGCAACUCCGACCUCAUCCCGAGGGCCAAGGGCCGCAAGAGCCUCCAGAGGCUGGAAAACACUCGCUACCUGAUGACCCUUCUGGAGCAGGAUGACUGCGGGAGUGACGAGGGAGAGCUCACCCACUCGGCGCCCCCCAGCAUCUUCACCGAGGCCUGUAACAAUGAGACCUAUGUGGAGAUCUGGAAUGACUUCAUGAACCGAUCGGGAGAAGAGCAGGAGCGGGUCCUGCUCUACCUGGAGGAGGAGGCCAGGAAGAAGCACAGGAGGAAGCUGCCUGUCAAGAAUGAAGACAAGUGGAAAGAGCUCCCAGCCUACACACCCCAGGAGUGCUUCCAGCGCAUCAGCCGCCGCCUGCGCGCCACCCUGAAGCGGGGCCGGAUCCCCAUGGGAACGCUGGAGGGGCUGGAGGAGGAGCUGCUGGCUUUCUUUUCUGUCACCCCUCACUCCGUGUACACAGCACUGAUGGACAACAGCUUUGAGCGGCUCCUGCUCCACGCACUCUGCCAGUACAUGGAUCUCGUCUCUGCCAGUUCGGACAUCGAAGGGAAACGUCAGAUGAAAGUGAGCAACAAACACCGCGUGUUCCUGCCCCCCGAGCUGCUGCUCUCAGACUACCUGGGGCAGAUGAGCUGAUGCCCCGACAGCUGCCCAGCCCCUCCUGUGUCCGCUGCAGCCUCUCCCCGGCCCUGCAGC